AUGGGCAUGGAGCCAUCCUACUGGUCAAUUGUGACUGUCAGUGUACCUACUGGAAGAGACCAGAUUUGGAGCAGAGAUUCAUUCUCUGAGUUGUCAGAGGCCCCCACCAAGCUCCCAGAGGGCUACAAGCUCACCAUGCACAUCUCUCAGGGUGAUGGAGAGACUAUCAGAGUCUACAGGUUCAAAAAAGGAGAGGGGCUAUCUGAAUAUCAACUGUUCCUACACAGUGCAGCCCUGUCCAAUGAAGUACCUUACUCCGGCGGCACAGCAGAGAUGAAGUUUUAUGUGGAGGGCCUCAAGUUUCUUGACAAAGACUUUGAUGGGCUCAUCACCAUCAACCUCAGUCUGUUAGAGCCCAUCUCUAAAAGGGCAAUAUUUAGAUACUUAGCAGCCUUUCUUAUGUUUCAACAGGGUAUCCCAGAGACACCUAUUUUCACAGACAAAGUCGUGUUCAGAGUGGCACCAUGGAUCAUGACACCCAACACCCUCCAGCCUAUUGAGGUGUUUGUGUGCAGCACAUCUGAUAACUACAAGUUCCUCAAAGGAAUGAGGAACCUUGUUGCACAGAGUGGGUACAAGCUAAAGAUUUGCCAUGAGUAUAUGAACAGAGGAGAUCGCUGGAUGCAGGAUGAGCUGGAGUUUGGCUACAUUGACUCACCUCAUCAACAGUUUUCUGUUGUUCUGGAUUCCCCUCGAGAUAGAGGACUCGUGGACUUUCCAUAUCAUGUACUAUUGGACUUCCGGCUGCUGCUGGCCAGCCCAGAUGCAGCUUACAAACUAUUCGAAGGCUUACAGAAAGAUGGACAUGGACAAACCAAGUUUGAAGGUGUGAAAGGCCAAGUGGAUGAGAUACUCAGUGAUGGCAGUCUUCUGGCCCAAAAUAAAUAUGCGCAGGUAAGUAGGAUUAUAAUAUUAGACUCAAACCCAGUAUGGAUAAAAAAAGGUUCAAUCUGUGAAAAUCCAAACAGAAACAUUUCGCUUCUUGCUUGGGAAGUAAUGUAACACAUUGUAUGGCCAAAGGUAUGUGGGCUUAUGUGGAUUAUCAAUGAAUAUCUCUGAAUAACUCAAUUCUAACAGUGUGCUCCCACUUUGCUCCCACUGAUGUUGAUCAUUAAGGCCUGGAACACUGUCAGCAUCUGAGUUCAUCACAUAGGUGAUAUAUGUGGGUAAGGUCAGGGUGGCAUUAGCAUUUACCUUUAUUGAAACUAAGAGGCCAUUAUUCACAAUUAUAAACCAAACUUUACAGUCAGCAUGCAUUCAUGAAUCAACCAUUAGAAAGACAGGGUUCAUCACCUCAGAAAACAUGUUUCCAUUGCAACCUGUAUUGCAUUUCAUCAUAACAUCAUUUAGAAUUGAGCAAACAUGACUAGCUUACUCGAAAGACUGCAGUCACUUAAAGAUUGCUUUCAUGGCAUAGCGAGGAAGAAAGGAGAUUUCAUCUUUCAAGAGCGACAGCAGCUUCAGUUAGCCUUAAGUUAUAUAU